AUGGAGGACAAGAACACAACGCCUUCAGGGACUGGUCACAGCGAGCUCAUAGUUGAAGAGGCCAUGGCCGCCACUUUGUACACUGGGCCCAUGUACGAGAAGUACAAUCUGGUGUUCCGUGCCAAGACGGGCGCACCUUGUCUCAAGGAGCGCCUCGACCAUAUUUCCACGCUGCACGGCAUAAGCUCUUUCAUCGUGAAUAUGUCCAAGAUCACAUCGGCCAGCACCCUCUGGCGCGGGUCCACGAAGGUGCACUUACCGGAGAGCCUCACGAAAAAGGAUAAGUGGAACUUACGAGGCGGCAUCGAAUUCGGCAUCACGUCGAUGACGCAGGAUCGCGCUCAGGCGGUGCACUACGCUGAAGGUGCGGCCUCGACAGCGUUCCAGGCUCGCCAAGGCCUAGUUGACCGAGGGGCAGAGAUGAAGUGGAUCAGCCAGUAUCCGCACGAGGCGGAGAUCCUCUUCUCUCCCCUGCUCGGCCUGGAGAUGAUCGGCACCUCGGUCGACCACGGCGCGGCGCUGGUGGAGCUGCGCUUGGGCCUGAACCUGACGGCGGAGACGCUGGACCAGAUCACGUCGAAGCGCCAUGCUCUGAUGAAGGACGCCGCAACGAAUGGAGAGUUGGAGAUCUUGGCCGCCGCGAGAGAUCAGCGGAGCUUGGGCAACUUCGCCGCCCUGGCCAGCGCCGCUUGGAAGGGCUACCCGCUGAAGCACGACGCCCAAUGGUACAACAACGACGGUCACAUCUUGGACUGCAUUAAGGAGCUGACGACGAUCAAACAGGAAGCCCAGAAACUGGCGGACCUACGGGGCGAGAAGCUAAUGCAGGCCCUCGGCGCAUUCACGGCGGGGCGCCCCGCCCGCCGCGAGUCGACGUCAAAGCUGGACCUCGGAGGCCGAGAAGACGUCGAGAAGUUGCCCGAGGACCUCUUCGGCUUAACGCAGCUACAGACGCUGGACCUGCGCUACUGCCCAGCCCUGCAGGCCCUGCCCGAGAGCCUGGGCCAGCUCUCAGCGCUGCAGACGCUGGACCUGGGCUUCUGCCAGGCCCUGCAGGCCCUGCCCGAGAGCCUGGGCCAGCUCGUCGAUGCAAACGCUGGACGUGACCGAAUGUCAGGCCCUGCAUGCCCUGCCCGAGAGCCUGGGCCAGCUCUCGGCGCUGCAGACGCUGGACCUCGACGAACGCGGCCCGAGAGCCUGGGCCAGUUCUCGGCGCUGCAGCCGCUGGACCUGAGCGAAUGCGCGGCCCUGCAGGCACUUCCCGAGGACUUGGGCCAGCUCUCGGCGCUGCAGAAGCUGUACCUGAGCUACUGCUGGGCCCUGCAGGCCCUGCCCGAGAGCCUGGGCCAGCUCUCGGCGCUGCAGACGCUGGAUCUGCGCUACUGCCCGGCCCUGCAGGCCCUGCCCGAGAGCCCGAGCCAGCUCUCGGCGCUGCAGACGCUGGACCUGCGCAGCUGCCAGGCCCUGCAUGCCCUGCCCGAGAGCCUGGGCCAGCUCUCGGCGCUGCAGAUGCUGGCCCUUCCCGAAAACCUGGGCCAGUUCUCGGCGCUGCAGUGGCUGGGCCUGGGCGGCUGCCAGGCCCUGCAGGCCCUGCUCGAGAGCCUGGGCCAGCUCUCGGCGCUGCAGACGCUGUGCCUGGACGAAUGCGUGGCCCUACAGGCCCUGCCCGAGAGCCUGGGCCAGCUCUCGGCGCUGCAGAAGCUGUACCUGAGCGAAUGCGUGGCCCCGCAGGCCCUGCCCGAGAGCCUGAGCCAGCACUCGGCGCUGCGAGUCCUGAG